UGCGAAAUAAACAUGCAGUCUGAACGGGCUCGGUGCUCAUGAAUGUCAACAGCACUAUGCUCCUCGUAACUGCGUUAACGGCACUUUUUUGUGUCUGCGAGAGCUACACCAUCAGGAGCUCGGUGUCAUGGGCUGUUACCGGGGACGCGGCGGAUGAGGAGCUGGACACUCACUCGGACGAGGCGCCCGCUGUGCUCGUCGACAACAUCGGCAUCUGGAAACAGUCCUACCCGUCCUCGGUGUACCGGGACGGGGCUGAGAAGAAGCCCGAGCAGAUAUCGAAAGGCGAGGAUGUGUCGUCCGCGUCCCGUGUGUUCUCAUAUCGGAUGGAGGAGGUGAAGGUGCCGUCCAGCAUCCAGACGCCACCGCACGAGGAGACAGCGAGAGUCGCGCGAUACAUGGCGCAUCAGGGGGACUGGGGGUUCCUGUCGACCCUCUCCACUCUUGAGCAGAUUAGAGGACUUCCAUUUGGCAACAUCUUCUCAGUCAGUGACGGUCCAGCAGACAACAGCACUGGUGUUCCUUAUUUCUAUGUCACGCCAAUGGACAACACUGUAACUGACCUCCGCAGCUUCCCUUUUGCUUCCCUAACCUUCUCUGAAGCAGAGGGAGAUUUCUGCAGGAAGCAGGUUUAUGACCCUGAAGACCCCAGGUGCGCUAGACUCACUUUGACUGGUAAGAUGGUGGAGGUGGAACCAGAGGAGCUUGAUUUUGCUAAAGAAGCCAUGUUCUCCAGGCAUCCGGUCAUGAAGAAGUGGCCUCCUGGACAUCAGUGGUUCUUCAUGAAGAUGGUUUUGCAGCAAGUUUGGCUUCAGGACUGGUUCGGUGGUGUGUCUGUCGUUCCACUUGAAGAGUAUUUCAAAGCAACACCUUUCUGAGGCCAAAACGGCAGCAUCCUAUCACCAAAAAGCAGAGCUGAACUGAUUAUUGACAGAAGGUGGUUACGCUCUUCAUGCUACUUCCAAACCAGCUCAUUCUGAAAACGUUGCCCUAUAUCUGUUUCUGGAGCUUGCAAAUUAUGUAGCCAGAAGUACGUUUGGCUACAUUUCGUCUUUACUGUAAAAAGAACGCUACGGGGCGUUAUGACAUCGUUCCUUUUCUCGCUUACCAGCUGACUGCUUACCCUUGUAUGGACGACUUUGUCACUGUUACCAACUUGUCCAUUAGCUCGCUGUGUACGUUGGCCGACUUGAGAUGCAGAGAGGAGUUAAUCACGAUGCGUGUAUGGUUUCUAGAAAGUUGAUAAGACAAAAACAGAAGCCAAAAAAAUGAAAUAAACAAGUAAAUAACUGGGUGAGAAUGUGGUAAAACCUGAAAACAUGGUAAAAAUCAGACGAGGGCUUUUCUUUUCUUUUUUUUUUUUUGAUUGCUUUUGAUAUCGGUUGGGUUUAGGAAACUGGGUGUACGCCGGUCAAUUGGUGCUUUUGAAAACACUAUUGGUUGGGUUUAGACAUGGAUAAGGGUGGGUCAGUCGAUUGUUCAGUCAGUCGACAUCGGCCUCUGGUGGGUUUACGUGAGAUCAGCAGGUGCGAAUGGCAUUACCAAAAGAAAUUUGGGAUCUCAAAAAGUACACAGCGCCCUCUGGUGGAUUCACAAAAAACUGCUAAUAAACGUAGCUCUUGGGACGUAUUUCACGAUCUCCAGAAAUUUAUAUAGCCGUACGUUUUCAGAAAAAGCCUGGGUUGUUCCAAACUGUUUUUUGUUGGUGGUGUUGUUGUUUUGCAGUAAAGCCAGUUCACUGCUUUUGGGUGUUUUUAACAAAUUUCCAAUAUUUGUUGAAUGUAUGAAUUGUUCAUUCAUGAAGAAAGUCUAGAAUUAUUGAUUAAUUAAAUAAUCCCUCACAUACUUAAGGUUACAUUGAAAGAAAAGUUAUUAAUUUGUUAUACAUAAACAUUCAAACCACUCAUAUUAAAUAUGUCCACCAUUUAUGCCUUCACAAAAGUGUGUACUUUAUGUACUGAAUGCUUUACUACACACACAAAACUAUAUACCAAAUAGAAGUAGAGAUUUUAGCCUGAUUUCUCUGAAGCUUACUUUACAGUAUAUAUCAUUGAAGGUCUGAUAUUUCAUUAAUGGCAGAAGUGUGAAAUACAAGUCAUGUGUGUGUGCAAAUUUGAUAUUCAUUGCGUCUGUUGUGUUCAGUUUAUGGUCAGAAUUGACUUCUCAAGGACGGUGUGUUUAUACAGUAUGUCAAACUACUUAAUACAACUACAAUGUAAUCGUCAGCUUAAUGAAAUAUCUCAAAUAGCUGUUUGUGCCUUGCAUUCCCUCCCCACAUGAGCUGCUCAAAUAAAAUUCUAAAUAAAUAAUAGGAAAUGUUA